AUGAAUGUGAAUAUUUCAAAUAUACAAUCUAACAAUACAAAUACUGUACCAAAAAAGCUAGAUGAAGAUCAGAUUUUAAUACCAUCAGAUUGGGUAAUACAGUUAUGUGAUGUUUGGAUUUUUAAAGAAAGAUCUUAUUAUAUGAUUAGUCAAUUGGUGUCUUUGAUUGAAAAAAUAGAAAUAAAGUUUUCAAUAAAAGAUAAAAAAAUGAAUGAUGUUGGUGUAUAUAUUUAUGAUUCUGUGGCUAAUAUUAUUUUAUCAAAAUUGAAUUAUUCAUUUUUUUCACAAGGAAAAGGUAUUUCUACCAUCGAAUCUAUAAAUGACUGUGCAUGGAAUAUCAUUCAUAAUUUAAAAGAUUAUUGCCAAUCAAAUAGUUCAUUUUUAAGUAGAUUAUCAGAUUAUGUUAAACAAUUACCAAUUCAAUAUUUUGAAAAUGAAAAAGAUUUUUAUAAGUUAUAUCAACCAUCCAGAAAAUUGUUAAAUAUUGGAGGAAACUUAAUUUCUUACCAAAAUAGUAAAUUUGAACUUGAAAGAAUUGUCAAAAAUAAAUACUCUUCAAUUGAUAUUUUAAUCAAUAGGAUAAUAUAUAUCAAUAAUAGCUGUUUUUAUUUUAUAAAAAAAUCAACUAAGUUAAAUAAACAACAAAUUCAUGGAUAUGGAUUUGGGAAAAAUUUAUUAGAUGCUGAAAAUGAAGCAUGUUAUAAUAUUUUUUAUUUAUUUUUACAAAAAAGUCAUUUGAGGGGGAGUUGUGAGGAUAUGGGUAGAAAGUACUUGUUAAAAGAAAAUAUAUUUAAUGUUGAAAUUAAUUCUGAUUUAGAAAAAGAAAUAGAAAAAUUUAUUACAACUUAUAAAAUAAAGACUACUUUUGUUCCGAAAACAGUAUUGUCAAGAAUGAAUUUAAUUCCAAAAAUACAACCAAAAGUUUGUAAUGGAUUUAGAAAAGAAGUACAUUGUAUAUUAAAACCAUGGAAUGGUCCAAAAAUGAAUUAUAAUUGUUGGAGUGAUUCUAUGUUGACUAAUGACAAUUUAUAUUAUAAUAUGGAAUUAGAUAAAAUUUCUGAAUAUAUUAGAAAAAAAGAAAAUGAAAAAUGUUAUUUUGAUUUUAUAGAAAAUAAAAGAAAAAGAUUGCCUAUUUAUAUGGAGAGAGAAAAAAUUUUAAAAAUAAUAAAAGAUAAUCAAUUGAUAUUGAUAAGAGCAAGUACAGGAUCUGGAAAAUCAACACAAAUUCCUCAAAUACUUUUAAAAGAUUUUAUCAAUCAAGGUAAAGGAGCUGAAUUUAAUUGUAUUGUUACACAACCUAGAAGAUUAUGUGCUACUUCAUUAGCUAAUGAAGUUGCUUAUGAAAGAUAUGAGUUUAUUGGAGAAUCAGUUGGGUAUUCAGUACGUUUUGAUAGAGUUGAUCCUAGACCAUUUGGAUCUAUUGUUUACACAACAACUGGUACAUUAUUACAAAGUAUUUACUCUGGAUUAAAAGGAAUCACUCAUAUUAUUAUUGAUGAAAUUCAUGAAAGAACAUUAUCUUUAGACUUUUUAUUAAUAAUAUUAAAAAAGAUAAUUAAAAAUAAUUCAUCAAUCAAAAUUAUAUUAAUGUCUGCAACUGUUGAUGUAGAAAUGUUUAAAAACUAUUUUGAAAAUAUAUAUGUAUAUCAGUUAACAAUACCAUUGUAUGAUGUAAAACUUUUUUAUUUAGAAGAAAUUAUUCAAGAAUUCAAAUUUAUCCCAUAUGGAUAUAAUCAAGUAUUUGAUAAUAAUAAUAAUUCAUUAUCUUUUGAGAAGUUAAAUGAUAAUGAUAAUAUUUCAAAAAAGGCAAAAACUAUUGCUACAGAAAUUGAAAUAAAUGAAUCAAUUCCAUAUAAUCUUAUUAUAGAAAUUAUAAAAAAGAUGAUUACAAUUGAUGAUAAUGAUAGUGGUUCUAUUUUAGUAUUUUUACCUGGAUUGAAUGAAAUAUUUGUUUUAAAAAAAUUAAUUGAAGAAUAUUUAGAAAUUUUUAGUAUGGAAAUAAUAACUUUACAUUCAUCACUAUCUUUAGAUUUUCAAAAUUUGGAACCAUCAAAAUCAGAUAAAAAAGUUACAAGAAUUUUUCUUUCAACAAACAUUGCUGAAAGUUCAAUUACUGUACCAGAUAUUUCUUGUGUAAUUGAUACUGGUAAAGUUAGAUCAAAAUGUUCCAGUAGUACUAGUACAUCUUCUAUUUUACAUACAAUAUGGACUUCUCAGUAUAGUAUGGAACAAAGAACAGGAAGAGGUGGUAGAACUAGAAAUGGUUAUUGUUAUCGUUUAUGUACUAGAAGUCUUUUUAAUAAAUUACCUAAAAAACAGAAAGCAGAAAUGCAUAGUGAACCUUUAUCAUAUAUUUUAUUAAUGAUCAAAUCAUUAGGAUUAGGUGAUCCAUAUAAAUUUUUAAACUCUGCAAUUGAACCUCCACCAAUUGAGUCAAUAAAAAAUGCAGAAGGUUUUUUACAAAGUAUUUCUGCUUUAGAUAAAGACAAAAACUUAACGGCAAUUGGAUAUCAAAUGGUUAAUUUUUCAUUGGAUCCUUUACAAACAAAAUCAUUAUUAAUUUCAAUUCUUUUUAAUGUUACAGAAGAGAUGACAUUUUUUUUGGGAUAUGAUAAUCUUUCAAUUCCAUUCUUUAGUAAAAAAGUACCACAAUUAAAAGUCAGUGAAACAAUUAAAAAUUUUUUAUUUAAAGACCAUUCAACAAUAUCAGAUCAUUUUCUUGCAUUGUCAUUUCAUAAAAAUGUCUAUAAUAAUACAAUUACUGUUGGAGAAUAUGAAAAUAACUGUACCGAGUUUUGUAUAAAUAAAGAUGCUUCAAGUGUACUUUUUAAAACUUACAAACAAAUUGAAAGAAAAUUAAAAAAUAAUUUUUUAUUAGAUAAAACUAUUAAUAAGAGUAAUGAAAAAUUAUCAAAAGAAUACAAAGAAUUUAUUCUAUGUUCUUUAUUACUUAACGCUUAUUAUCCAAACAUUGGUUAUGUUGUUCAAUCAAAAUCUACUUCAAAACCAUCUUUAAUUACUUUAAAUGAUUUUGAAGGAAAUUUAAUGAAAAUUAGAAAAGAUUCUUCUACACAUUUUGCAUACACAAAUGGUUCUAUGAAUUUUUUAAAAAAAUCAUCUCCAUUUUUUUUGUAUUCUAAAAAAAUAAAAACUGAGGUGGAUAGAGUAGCAAUAAAUUUAACAAAUAUAACACCCAUACAAUUACUACUUUUUGGUUGUAGUAAUAUUUAUAUUGAUGAAAACAUUGGAGUUGAGUUAGAUCAAAAAAUACGUAUAAAUAUGAAUAAAAAAGUUGCUUCUCAUAUUUUAGGUAUAAGAGGUGCCAUUGAUAAUUUACUUGAAUCAUUGUGUUGUAAUGGAAAAUUAACACAAGAGGAGGAGGAGAUUCGAAAUGAAAUUGUUAAACUUAUUGUUAAAUUAUCCACUAUAUAA